UUAAAUAUUUCUGUUAGUCGCAUAGUUCGUAAAUGAUUAUAGUUACUGAAAUAGUUCUGUUUAUUACUUGGCAAAAGUUGGAUUAUAUUCUAGAUUCUAUGGCAAAAAUAGAAGCAGUCUCAUGCGGCACGAGUCAAUAGUGACAUCACAGCUACAACGUUACUUCGUCUAAUUGAUACCUUUCUGGGAGUUGAUUGCCCCAUUCCAAAUGACGUACAGGAGUCAUGUGCCAAGACGUGAUUAUUGUGAUUUAAACGAUCCCGGAAUGAGGACAUCGGCAUUUAUCCCGUUUGUGUCGGAAGAGAGACGGAAGGCAGUCGUGGAUAGAAUUGGUAUUCCGAUGCAAAAAUAAAUAAAUUCGAUUAGUGGGGGGCGCAGGGUUCGAGGACGGCCACCAGCAUAAACGGAGCAUAGUGUGCGAUACCGCAACCUGGGUCCGAAUCCUCUAGUGCAGGGCCCACGCGUCGGGCGAUCCAUGACGACGCGCGUUACGUCACCUAGGAUAUGCAGCAGAGGCGUUGGGUGUUGGCGUUUGAGUACCUGUAGAACAUUCAUGUCCGGCGCUCAUUCAGAUCCCGUCAGUGUUUCCAGAGUGCGCGAGUUUUCCAGUAGUGAAUUGCGGCAUGGCAGCGGAGGCACACUCCGGUGCCCGACGCCGUCAACAUGUUAACACUUAUGAUGCGAAGGGAAGACGACGACUUGAAGGGUGACGCCUACACUCGCCAACGAACUCGGGAUAAUGCAACAGGUGGUGACGAAUUUGUGGAUAUUUCUCAAGUGCAACAGUUGUUGCUCGAUUCUCCUUCGAAUGGAGGACAGACUCGAGGAAGAAGAAGUGAAGCCCCAACGCCGCCAGCGAUAGACAAUCGUACGAGGAUGCUGGAAACUUAUUCCACGCCACACUAUUACCAUGGUGGCUACGGACACCAACAUCACACAGCGCCGGCCACCAGCGUGGAUGAUUUGGUGGCGAUGUGGUUUGCCGGCCCUUCUACGUCCGCAGGCGGGCCAGCGGCAAGCCUCUCCAACCCGCCGGCCACCAUGAUCAUGGACGGGCUGGAUACGCUGCCCGCACAGCACCACCAUCACGCAUCCGCCUUCUUGUUGACUGAAUCGGCGGCUGCAGCUGCAGCUCACCACUUCAACGUUUUAAGUUUCGAUACCUGUCUCUACAAGAGCGUCAGCUCCACUGUCGAAACCGGCAGCAGCCCGGUGCCGGCAGCGGCCUACUCGGCCACCGACCUCGAGUGUGCAUCCUCCGAACUCCAGACCGGCGAUCUCAACACCCCGGUUACCACUUCCGGAGAUAUACCGUCCUUCUUCGGACCCUCUACAGUUGUUGAACCACCACCUAUUACAGGUUCUCUGGAUCCGGAAGAGCUAUCCUUAGAGCACCAAUCCAGCAGCCCGCGUCAUUCGCCCAAUAGUACACAUUUAAAGGAAAGUGUAUCGCCGCAAGCAAGUACUCUUAGCCCUGGCAUCCGAGACGAAGAAGCCACCAAUCACAGUACGCUCAGUAUGUACUCGGCAGCUGCCGGUCCUUCAUUAUCAACGAGUAAUGCAGGCGCAAAAAUGCAGCAUCGGCCCGCAUAUUCGACGGCGUCGAGUCCGAGCCUAUCUGGAAUGCAAACCAGCGGCAGUCCUCUGGGACUCAAUAGCCAGGGGGGAUUGGCUCAGUCACCGUCGGCUGUUAAUCCAUGGCUGCUUUCAACCCAAGAUAAGCCACUCUAUCCGGCAGUUUUCGGCCUUCUUGGGCACGGAAAUUCGCAGUCCCCGCAGCAGCAGUAUCCGUCGGCGACGCCGAGUCCCGCAGGUACGCAAUACGAUGAUAGAUCUCAGGCGGAGCUGAUGCUUAGCAUGGAAUGUACAAAUCUUGCCCUAAAGCAACCCCCUUCGUAUUCGAGUUGCUCUGCGGCUUCCGCCGGCCUCCAAAUGGAAAUGCAGCAACAAGAUUUAGUGUAUACCAGAGUGGGACAACCGUUGGUGGCGAAUACUGCGAAAUAUCAGUGGGACAGUCAAGACUAUAGCAACCCUCAAAGUUCUAGUGCGUUAGUAGUUCCGGGUCCGUCGAGCUUAGUGCCAAAACAAGAACCGUUUAGUGCGAGUUGUUCGGGUGAAGUGGGACAAGGUAGUGGUGCGGGUUACAAUGUGCAAUUAGCGGAGUACAAUCCAUCGACGAGUAAAGGACACGAGAUACUUUCACAAGUGUAUCAACAAUCGCCAGUUCCUCUUAAAUUAGUACCGGUAAAGCCUCGAAAAUAUCCUAAUCGUCCUAGUAAAACUCCCGUGCACGAAAGACCUUACGCUUGCCCAGUUGAAAAUUGCGACAGGCGGUUUUCGAGAUCGGACGAGCUAACACGACAUAUUCGCAUUCAUACGGGACAAAAACCAUUUCAGUGUCGAAUAUGUAUGCGAUCGUUUUCGCGAUCCGAUCAUCUCACCACUCAUAUAAGAACUCAUACGGGCGAGAAACCGUUUUCGUGCGACGUUUGCGGGCGAAAGUUCGCGCGCAGCGAUGAGAAAAAGAGACACGCCAAGGUGCACCUCAAGCAACGAAUGAAAAAAGAGAAUAAGCUAGGUGCAUCCAGUGGAUCUCAACAGAGUAGUACUUCCCAGCAACAACAACCACAUCAUCAUCACCAUCUGCAUCCACAUCAGCAUCCUUCAAGUGCGCACCAUCCAUCACAGCACAUGCACACGUCGCACACUGUGACGAGUGAGGAAGCACUUAAUUUGCCUGUGGUAACGACAACUCUGUGAGAAUUGCCUACCGCCGAGCUGGCCGCCGGCGAUUGUGUUCUCUUUAUACGCGACGACUGUGAUCUCGGCAACGGUAAUGCUCGGCUACUAUACGUUCGAAUAGAAUAGAUUUUGCACAACAUGCAACCUGAAUUACUGAUCUCCACUGGCCGAAUGCCCACCCCGUCUGUGUUGUGUGCCAUUUGUGUUUGUUAUAUCAUACAAUUGUACCAUAAAGACGUGCAAAAAGGGUUAGAUUAAUCCGACGACACGACGUGUUCUACGCUGCCAUGACGAUAUAAAUAUAAAUUCUACGGUUAACACAUAGUUAACAAAUCUAUUUUUAUAAAUUUUUCAAUAUUUUGUUGUAAUUUUUUAUAGUUUAUCUAAUGGUGUCGUAGACAUGUGAGUUAAUUAUUUUUAACGUUAUUCUAAACAAAGACAAGUUAACAAAAUGGCUUUAAUUAUUAAUAAUAUAUUUCUAAAACUUAUGAUGACUUGUUGCCAAAUAACACUUUAACUACUUAUACAUUCCGUAAUUUUGUUUUUUUUUGUAAUAUGUUGUUGGCUAGUUAGGUUGUAUGUUCCCGGGAGAAUGUCAAUCGUUUCUGCAAAAGUCAAUAUGAAAGUAAGUGAUUAUCUAUUAAUAACGCACACGAAAAUUUAUUGUAGGGACGAUUUUAUAUGCGUCAAAAAUUAGAAAUGGACAAAUACUUUUGUGUUUUAAAAGUUUAAAUGGAAUCAAAAUAUGUUUUUUUCUUAAGACUGUUAAAUGUUAACUAUAUUGAUAUCCAAAAAUUCAGUAUCUAUCUGUUUGUCUUACUGGAAAAAUGUUUGCUAUGGCUUGUACCUGUUGUUAUUGUUGUUUCAAGCUGUUAUAUAUGAUGUUUUAGUGGAAACUUGCCUUAACUGAAGUGUCUUGAACAACCCUAAAUAAAUCAAUCUGGAAAUUCAAGCUCAAAUUAUAUAUUAUCUCUUUGAAAUAUUAUAGUUACCAACGUGGAGAGCGUGGUAUUCGCUCAUUUGCUCGGCUGUAUUACGUGCAGAAAGUGUAAUAGUAUUGUUAGAAACUAGCCAUUUAAAAAGGUGCAUUGUUUUCGAUAGGUAACAUGCAAUUGAGUAUGAGAUAUUUUUUCAAGUUGGUGGUGCUUUCCACUAUAAAAAUAAAGCGUACAAAUAUAGGCCUAACUAUAUAGUCAUAAAGAACUAUAACGAAUGUGAACAUAAAUUGUAAAUAGUGUAAUAAUGUUAACUAUGUAAAUAGCAUAACGAAUACUAUUGAAUUUACCUUUUAAAACAAAAUUGUUGAUUAUCCCCGGCUGUUGUAUAAUGUUUGUUGUUGCCGUGUACCCGAAACGGUCACGUUCUUAUACUAUCCCCCCAUAAUGCACUUUAUAGCUAUUUUUAUAUCCUAAUUAGAUGUUACCUUAUCAAAUUUAUUGAAAUUCUUUACACAACUCAUGAGGCUGUUUUAUUAUGAAUGUGAUAUUUGAAUACAUGGAUAUUGUAAAUUAUUAUCACGAAAACAUCCCUAAUUUAUUUGUACAUGUCGAAAAUUCAGUCGUUAAUAUAACUAAACAAGUUCAAUGUAAUAAGUGGUUGUGCUCAGAUUUAAAAUCUCACUUGAUCAGUCACAAUAAAAAAUCUAAAUCUUA